AUGCCCAGCCCGCUGAAGCGCCCCUCCCUCGGCCGCCUGCUCGCCGCCCUCCGGUCGCCGCCCCGCGUCCCGGUCCAGACCGGCUUCCCCACCGCCCUUGCCGACCUCGUCGUCAAGAACCAUGCCCGCCUCAGGAAGCCCCGCAAGCCGCGCCGCCCCACCACCGCCCUGGCGCUGCCUCAGUCUCCGGCGGAGACACCGGUGGACGUAGCGGAGAUUCCUUCGCUGCCGUCAUCGCCCGGGCCUCUGUCGCCGGUGGUCGUGGAGGGCUCCUCGGCCCCGGUGGCGCGGCGGCUGGACGCGCCCAAAGGCGCCGCCUUCUUCCGGCCCCGCCCGGAGCUCCUCGCGCUCGGCGGGGCCGUGGCGCUCGCGCUCCUCGCCGUGUUGAGCGAGGGGGCCGUCGCGGCCUUCACCAUCGCCUCGCUGGCGCUGCUCUGGAUGGAGUCGGCCUCCCGCCGGCGCCGGCGCUCCUCGCGCCCGGCGGAGCUGCCCGAUUCGCGCGGCCCCGCCGCCGUGUCGCCGAUUCGGGAGGUGGAAGAAGCGCCCGGCUGCUCCGAUUCCGACAAGAGGAGCGAGGGCCCCUCCGAGAGGCGCGAGCUCGUCUCCGGCGGUGAAGAUCCGGCCAGCCCGAAGAGCAAAGCGAGGAGGUCGCUGAGGAAGAUGAUCUCCAAGACGCUGCAGAAGAAGCCCAAGGCGAAGGACGCCUCGGCCUCUAGCGAGGGCGGCGCGGAGGCAGUUAGAACCGAGGCCUUUGUAAUUCCAGCCCCUUCCUUGGCCGAGCAGACGCCGUCGGAAGCAAGCACAGAGUCUUCGCCGGUGUCGGUGGAGACGGAAAGGCGAGGCCUCGCCGCCGGGAAGCUCCCGGCGACGGCGCUUGCCGUGCUCUGCGUGGCCUUCUUCGGCCGGCGCCGUGCAGCAAAUUUAGGCUAG